GUCGCACAAAAACCAGAUCUGUUCAACAAUCGGCCACGCCGCAUACUCCACACACCACGCCGAACUCAAACACAGUCUUCGGGUAAACAACAAUGCAAUUUCUAGAUAGUAUAUCUGAUGGAGAAGACACUCCAAGCACAGAAUCAACAGUGGUGCCACCAUCUGCCCCUAGCCAUACCCAUACCGUCAUCGUUCUCCAUGGCCGAGAGGACUUUGGCGAGGAUUUGGCGAAGAGCUUCUUUGACAGCAAAUCAAGCCAGAAUGAAUCCAUGGCGGAGUUGUUUCCAGCGGUACGAUGGGUGUUCCCGACGGCCAAGCUUCGAUACUCAGCACAGCGCGAUUAUGAGUUCAGCAAUAGCUCGUUCGCAGAAGCACUGAAAGGAGAGGAAAUCAUCUCGCAAUGGUUUGACGUCUGGGACAUCAAGGAACCCAACCAGAAGAAAGACCUGAUGAUCCCAGGUCUCAGUGACAGCAUUCUGCAGAUAAUACGAAUUGUUCAAGAGGAGGCGAAGAUGGUUCCUCUAAGUCGAAUUGUUCUCGGCGGAAUAAGCCAAGGUUGUGCUACAGCUAUUCUCGCUCUUGUCGCAUCCGGAAUCAAUCUUGGAGGAUUCUUUGGUCUAUGUAGCUGGCUCCCGUUUAACGAAGAUAUUGCAAGUAUGUUUGCAAGUCAUGACGAGAAGGGCAACAUAUCUCGGUCCGUACGAAAUCUUCUGCGACUACCGCCUAUUGGAAGUCGGGAGUGGGAACCUACGGAGCCGGAAAAGGAGACCCCGAACGAGAACAUUACUAAUGGUAGCAUUGUAGACGCUGCGUUCGAAAGGCUUGCAAUAGGGAAUAAUCUCACGACUCCAAUCUUUCUCGUGCACUCGAUGGACGAUGAGACUGUACCCCUAGAAAUGGGACGAGAAUUAUAUCAAACUAUUAAGCAUAUUGGGUUUGAGGACAUCAGGUGGAAGGAAUAUGAAGACGGUGGACACUGGAUUCAUCCAAAACUGGGAGUAGAUGACAUGGCUGGCUUCCUGAAACACUGUUUUAAGAGAUGCACACUGUAAUAGUAAUGGUUCUUCC